AAAAGAGUGUCAAAUGAAAGCCAGCUACAGCUCCUGCUCGGUCUACACUGAAAUAACUCCAAACGCAGGCAGGUGGUUACAUGAAGGUUAAUGACGACGCAUUUUUAUUUCAAACAGGGAUAUUUCUCGCAACCCAGACAAAGGAAUUGACAGAGCUGGAGCUCCCUUUUUUUGCCAUUCUUCAUUACGAGCACAUGUUAUGGAAGGAGGAGCCUUAAACUAAAGGAGUCCAAACCAGGGACCCUGACAUAACCCAAACCUUCAUUAUCUCUCCGGCAUGAAAAUUCUCUUCAUAACUGGAUGAAAUGCCUUGACCUCCCCCCCGCCGUACCAUGGCAGGUUUAGUCUCCUCUGUGGGUUUGGUGGUGAUGCUCAAGGCUCUCAUGCAAGCCCGUGGCCUGCGUGCAGUGUUUCUGGGGAUGACGGUGUUGGUAACAGUGAUCGCAGCUGACUCACCUGUUGCAGAUGAGUCUCUGUCGGACUCCACGCUCCACCCCAUGGGAUUUCUUGGACAUGGUCCAAGUUCAACAGGGUACAAACCAUCAGCCUUACCAGCGUCACAUUAUACUGCCUUUGAGAGCCCAGACUCACCUGGUGCCCUGCCAUCCAUUUCUGAACCAAACCAUGAUGUUAGGACUGCUGGCUUCAUGCAUUACCAGUGGGGACAUGUUGCUUCUGAAAACUCCAAAUCCUUCACAGCAAGUGACCUCCUUGCAGAUGAACCACAGCCUCUUUCCACUCCAUCAUUAAGCUCUUCAGAACCUGUAUUGAGGUCUGGUCCACAAUUAGAGGCACCAGCUAAACUUUCCACGGACUGGAAGCAGGCCAGGACAAAGUCUGUUAAGCAGUCUUCCUCUCUCCCUCCAAUUCCUACAAGAUCCCAGCUGCAGCCUCAGUCAAAUAUAUCCACAGCAUCAUUAAGCCCCUCUGCGUUUACAAGGUCAAUAACACCUCAGCUAGGUCUUAACUCUGAGCAGAAAGCAACUUUCAACAAGCAGCACGAUGGUGCGUCAGAUCAAACAGUGGCAAUCAUGACCUUACCACCCUCUCAGCCUCUCGAGCCCCCUAACCUGGCUUUCACUGACUCUGCGGCAGAUGAAUCUUAUGGUACGAUCCUGGAUGUGAACCAGCUAUCUCCCAGCAGUGCCCCCUUGGAGGAGAGUAAACCAGCACGUGACAUUAACAUGCUCCCCAACCCAGAAGAGCUUCUGGCCCCUGGCUACAAUGUGCCUUUCAUCGCCCCUCACCCUACAUCACCUUCAUCUGAACCCACUGACAUCUCUUUAGAGGACUUCUACCCCACCAACACCAUGGAAGUGGACUGGGGGUCUGGGGACUACUUGGAGACAAUGUCAUUCUUAAAUGCAGAUGGAGAGGACUACUCUCUGGUCACCAAGGUGCCCUCUGACUCGUAUGAGCUAGAAGACUAUACAGAAAGCUAUGACACAUCCUUCCCUUCCAGAGUAGGCAUAUCACCUUCAUCCUCGCAUCCUCUUUAUGUCUCACCUUCUCCCAGCCUCACAACAGCAUACGGCACCGUUGUCCCACUUAAAUCUAUUUAUCCUUCCUCUUUGUCCUCUACAAUUCACUACACACUGGACCCUACUCCCUCAGCUAACAGUGAGAUACCCGACACGUCAGACAUCGAUUGGCCCGAUGCUUUCACAAUCCAACCGACAGAUGUCCUCUUACCUGACAUGAACAGCUUGGAGUAUUACACCACUCAGUUGACCAGGGAGAACAACAGUUCAGACACUGGAGCUGAGCAGAGAGGGAACAUUACUGUGGUGUCCAUCAGUACUACAGACAUCGCACCCACCAGCAGCUUCACCAAUGAUACCAAACUGACUGAGGAAGAGUCCUCCAGUGAUCUGUCAGGGUUUGAGCCUCAAGAUGAACCAACCUCGGUAGCAACCACAGAGGAGAGUCCUCAGCUCGUCAGUGCCUCUGAGCCUUUUUUGGAUCCUUCCAUCGUCCCAACCCACUUUUAUGAUCCCUCUUCUUCUGUCUGGAGUAGUCAGGUGUCCACCACAGAUUGGCCUGCACACACUCUAACUGGCGGCCUGGACAGCACUGUAUUAACAGAGGCUAUGCUACCCAGUGCCACGCCUUUACUGCCAGACGAUGUAGUGUCUUCCUCCUCUCUGACAGAUGUCCACUGGUUUGUUACAGAGUCAUUCCCAUCAAGUACCAUACACACCACUCCCGUCUUAACUGCAACCACCGCCUUCUCCCCUGUUCCCACUGAAACUGCUGCCAACACCACGGCUGGUACGACAGAAUUAACUCCCCAAGACUCCACUUUUACAGCUGAACACACUCACAAUAUCACUUUAGUUUCAACUGAACCAUCAUCUAAUGUCACUUUGGUCCCUCCGGUCGUGUUGGGUGAUCAGGGGGUGACUGAGGAUGGAGUUGACAUCCCAGCCACAAUGACCUUGAUCCCAUCUAGCAGUGAAGCUAAUACAGUCUCCGCUGUACCCACAGCUACAGCUGCCACCACUACUUCUCAUCAAGCCACAACUAGAGCUACUGCCACCACAGAGGCCUCAACUAGUGUCAACAUAAUCCCUACCACCAGCGGAAAGACCACAACUACAGCACCACCAUCAAAACAGUACCUCUGCAACCUUGAGAGGCCUGCUUAUUUAGUAAAAAUUGGUUUUCCCUCCGGGGCCACCAUUGGAUAUGCCAAAUCUCAAGUGAGAGACAUACUGAAAGCUGAAUUCAACAAGUCUGUGGAGCUGCAGGUUGUGGACCCCCCACCAAAGUUUGUGUUUCGGGUGGUGUCUGGUCCUGUUGUGUACACGGCCAUAUCUGUCAUCAAUGCUCUGCGGAGGUCUGGGCGCCGCUUCCUGUCUGUGUCUCCCAACUGGACAACACCAGACAAUAAAUAUCAAGUCCACACAGUGCUGCAGUUUGUUCCCAGUCACAUAGAUGUGCGGUACUGCAACUUCAGUGAGAGCAUCGAGAAAGGUUUGACCAUGGCCUUUGCGGAAGUGCGUAGGCGCUCAAAGGAGUCAACCAACUUCACAGUGCAUAUUGUAAACAUCACCAUGGCUGCUCCUAAAUAUCAGGAUCAGCGGCUGGUGAGGCAGCCAGUGGACAUCACCUUCACUGUGCGUAGUUCAAGGGGCUAUCUGAUGGGGUCAGAGGUCAGCAAUGCUCUGAUGAAGCUCACAAUGGUUGAAUUCAGCUAUUACAUGGGCUUUCCUGUGCUGCAGAUUGCUGAGCCUUUCCAUUAUCCAGAGUUGAACACCAGCCAGUUGCUUCGCUCCUCCUGGGUUAGGACAGUGCUCCUGGGAGUCUUGGACAAGAAAGUGGGUGAGAGGACCUUCCAAGCCAACAUGGAGCGCCGGGUGGCCAUGUUGUUCGGAGAGGCUACAGGAUUAAUGAGACGUGUUAAGAGAGCCACCCUUGUAGGCAACAGCAGUGUUCAGGUUGUAAGUGCAACCCGGCUGGUGGGUGCAGACCAUCCCUUGGAGGUAGUUUAUUUUGUGGAGGGUCCCAAUGGUCAGAGGAUGCCUGCAGUUCAAACAGCCAACAUACUCAACAGCCUGGACGUUCAAAGGGCUGCCAUUGUUUUGGGAUAUCGUGUCCAAGGCAUUUUGGCACAGCCUGUAGAGAAGAUAGCGUCCUUACCCUCUGAUGGUGAGAACACCAACACGUGGAUCGUCAUUGGGGUUGUGAUUCCCCUCCUCGUAGUCAUCGUCAUCAUCACCAUCCUGUACUGGAAACUGUGUCGCACGGACAAGCUGGAGUUCCAGCCAGACGCCAUGACCUCUAUCCAGCAGAGGCAGAAGUCUACAACCUCGUUCAGAGAAUCAAGGGCCUCUCUUCAGCAGACACUCUCUCCAAGUAAAAAGGACAAGGACUUUAGUGAGGAGGAAGAGGAGGAGUAUGAGGAAGAAGAAGAGGAAUAUGAAGAGGAGGAGGAGAAGAAGGUUAAAAGAGGGAAGUUGCAGGCUCCCAGUGUGAAAGGCUUCGACUUUGCCAAGCUGCACCUUGGCCAGCAGAGUAAGGAUGAUGUCAUGGUGAUCCAGGAGCCUGGCCCGCAAGGCCCUGGCCCUGGGCCCCUCCCCCUGUCCCUUAAAGAUGGCCUCAGUCCAUCUGAGAACGGGGAGAUCCCCACGCCCAUAUCCAAAACCUCCACCAAGGCGUCCCGCAGCGGUCGAGGAAGGCGAGGAAGGAUCUCGCCGUCUGACGGUGACUCCGUGGUAAGUGACCACUCCAGUGAGCGGGAAUCAACCGAGGAGAACCUGAGAGCUCACGCCACGCCCAGCGACAGCAAGCAGACCCGUAAGGUCCCCAUCAAUGUUUUAAAUGGUCCUCCUCCUAUGACUGAUACAAAUGAGCAGCUGUCCUCAGCUGCCAUCUUUGAACAUGUCGAUCGCAUGUCUCGCGCCACAGACGCGAGCAAGAGACUCCCCAACAAAAUCCAGCUUAUUGCCAUGCAGCCGAUGCCUGUCCCACCGCUGCACAGCCCGCCCAUCAACAGCAAACUGUCCGACACAAACCAAAUCAACAAAGAGAUUCAGGUAGCUUUGAGGCACAAGUCAGAGAUCGAGCACCAUCGUAACAAGAUACGUCUGCGGGCCAAGAGGAAGGGCCACUACGACUUUCCCGCCAUGGACGACAUGACGAGUGGCCUUAAUGAUGCGAAGGACCAGGAUCGCAUCUAUCAAAAAGCACAGAUACAGAUUGAUAAGAUCUUGGACCCAGAUGCCCAGAUGCCCUCCAUCUUCAUGGAGUCCAAGAAGAGUGGUCGAGGGAGGCGUUCUCCCAAACAGAGGAUGAAGGAGCAGCUGAAUGGAGGCAUGAUGGAGGCAGACAAAGACCACCUCAUCACUGAUGACAGUGAUGCUAAUUACAGAAAAUGUCCUGGAGUCAACAACGUGGCCUACGUAUCGGACCCAGACCAAGGCCCAGGAUCCCCUCACAGGAGCCCCUCCCCCACAGAUGACGUUUUCCUCGGCCCUGCUUCCUCUCCUCCAGGCCACGCCCCUCCCCCACCCCCCUACAUGCCUCCACAGCCCUCCAUUGAGGAGGCGCGGCAGCAGAUGCACUCCCUGCUGGACGAUGCCUUUGCCCUGGUGUCGCCCACUUCUCAGGGCAGCACGGCGGGGAUCACUCUCCCUGGGGUCAACACCAACCCCCCUGCCUCCAGCCCUCCAGGCCGUGGCCCCAGACCUUGGGGUCCCUCCUACCAAGCUCUUGGCCCUUUCCCCGGUAGGUUUACUGAGCUGAGCUUGUCCCCUCCUCCUGUCCAAGGCCUGAUACCAAGGCAGGGCCUUGGCUCGAGCUACCUGCCACCAGGAGAAACAGCAGGGCAGUGUGAGCAGCUCCAGCCAGACAGCCUGUAUUCCAGCAGGGGCCUCUACUCUGAUGAGCUGCCCUCAUCUGCCAGGCCACGACCAGUAGGGGGAACUACAGGCGCCCAGCUCCAUCAUCUUACACAGGUGGGAUUGUCCAGUCGGAUGAAUGGUUACCCAGCAGGGGUCAGAGCUGCCCCAGGGCAGAAUGGAGGCAUCGGGUGGAACCACUACCAUGGUGACAACUUCUCCAGGGCAGAACCUGAAAAAGAUGCAUUCCUGGACUGUCCUGACUACUCGUCCUCCUCUAUCUUCCAGACGCCCAGGAGUGGUAUCAGGGAGCCUUCAGCACCCCCUGUCCACCUAGACACCCCGGGGAUGGGCUAUCUGUCAGCCCCACCGCCCCUGGACACAUCUCCUCCUACCCACUCCUCCGCCUCCCUGAUCAAGGCCAUCAGGGAGGAGCUGUUGCGUCUCUCCCAGAAACAGGCAGCUGUGCCCAGCUACCACAGCUGAAGCCCCGGGCCCCCAGGCCGUAGCUCGAACCAGUCAUGCCACUGACCCUGCCUGCCUGCUUCGCCUAAUCUGACAAUACUUCCCAUGGAAGUCCCCCGAGGGUGUACAGCAGAGAGAUAGUCCUGCUAAACUGAAGAGAAGAGGUGGCUGAUAGAGAUUUCUAACUGAGGAAGCUGCAGGACUGAACGACAGGAUGGUUGAUACAGCUCCAAGUACAGAAUCAGAUCAACUGCAGUAUGUCCGAUCAGAGACAGUGUUAUAAAAUGAAGAACAAUAUGAGCAGUAUAUGUCGGACCUUGAAACUGAGAUGACAUGUCUGGACUCCUGCCCAUGCGUCUGUCCUGCACUUCAUUGUGGAUCAGGGUGUGAUCACGCCAAGUCCUGGCCACUGUGGAUCCACAUCCUGGACUUAUUUGAGAUUUUGCUGCAUUUCUUCAGACUCAGUAUUCUGUGUCAUGGUUUCCUUCUCAUGCUGCCUUCACUGAACAAGUAUACUCCCUAAGACAUGUCAUUUUAAGACAUUUCCUUUAAUUUUUUACCGACUACCAUACAGGUGUUUGUUGUUUUCCGAUGCAGGCCCUUAACCUCUUUAUCACCAUCAGGUGCUACUUCAUGUUUUCUGCCAUGAUGAGCCAUGCUAUGCCUUGACACUGUGAUGUAGUUCACCCGACCCAAUCUACUGUACGAGCCUACAGUAAGGUCAUAGCUCACAGACAGUAGGCGCAAAGGGCCAUCCAUACAGACUGAUAACACUUGUUAACACUACCUAGUAUUUCCGUACUUACUGCAGUAGCACACUUAGUCUGAGUUGAUCCUUUGUGACUUACAGUACAUGCUUGUUUUUUGUGCACAAUUUGCGUUCAUGUCCCGUGUUUUUAAUUCAUGUUUAGUAGCUGACAGGCGGCUAGACGGACCUAAAAGAAUGGCCUUGAAAAUCACACUAAUCUUCAAACAUGACUUCAGAGGCAGGCGUUACACACGCGUGUUACAAGUCACGGAUGAAGACUUUCAGUAUGUACUUGACAAUUAGGGUGUAUUGUAUUAGGGUGUAGUUCGAUGCACUGUAUGCAGACUACUUGGUACAGCUCAGGUCAUUUAGAAAGAGAUUCACGUGCGGACAAAUCAGCGAUGAGAGAGUUUGAUUGAACUGUUGAAUGAGGGAAAGUCACAGAGACCAGUAUUCUUUUUUUAACAUUAACCUGUAUUAACUAUGUACUGAAGCACCAUCUCUGUUUCAUGCAGUAUUCUGUUUUUACUUUGCCUUUUUUUGGUAGAACAGGAAGACAAAAUGUGUACUGUAUUUGUGUUGUCAUUUAAGGUUUACUUCAACCGGUCAUGUUAAUGUGCUUUCUUUGGAUUUAUCUUGCCUCAUGUACUUUUGUUCACCUGAAAUGUCUCUUUUAGUCAUCAUACUGGUUGGAAAUCUAGGUUAACUUUUUUUGACAUGACCCUCCCCCCGACAUGUUGUGAUGUUUUGGGGCCUGAAGUGAUAUUUUAUUUAAAUGAAAUAAAAAAGGAAAAUUAUGGAUUUUAAAAGCAGGACUUGAGAAUAUGGGUGCACCAGUAUUAUUUGGUGGGUUAUAAACCUUUUGGCAGUGAGUAGAAGUAUUGUACAGAUGUUACCAGAGCGAGCAUCCCUCCCAUCUUGUUUUGUUUGCAAUGUGACGUGCCUUUUGGACUCACCUGAACAGACGACAGAAGCUCUCUGUUUGUCCUGUUUUACCGUCAUUCCAUCACAUGGUAUCGAAGGUUGUGAUUACCAGCCGAAAUUAUAAUAUUUUGUCCUAUUAAAGAUGCUACAUCACGACAUGAUGAAAUUUAAUCCAGCUAAUCAAACAUUGUCAUUGUAUGGAGUCUCCUUUGAUAUGCAGGGAGACGGGUUACUGUCUGGUUUUCCAUUUCACCUCUUAUGGUCAUGUUUGGUGUUACCAAUGUCACACUGUAUGCCUCCAUCUGCUGGUCAUGUACUGUAACAACAGCCCAUCCACCUGUGUUUAUCUUCAGCUCCUUUUUAUAAUUAUUAUUUUUUUGGUGUGUUGGUUGUUUUUCUCAUCUAUUUCUACAUCUUGUAUUUUGGGAAAAUGAUGUGUUGGCUGGCCCAACUUUAUGAUUUAUUGAUGUUGCAUGUUUUAAUUAUUGUGUUUCUUUUGUUUGUUUUUUCGCAUGCUGUUCCAAAAGUCUUGAAAUACAAAAGAAACUGUCA